AUGACGGAAAAUGCCAAUCUAUUUGGUGAGAUGUUCCGAAAUUUAAGUCAGCUACUUUACAUUAGUCUUGCCGGAAAUGCUUUAACUGACAUACCGUUUGACAUUUUCAAAUCAGAUAGUCGAGCAGAAAUUAUAGAUUUAUCUAGUAAUCUGAUAACGAACUUGUCAUUUGAAACAAGAUAUUUAAAACAUCUAAGACUAUUAAAUUUAACAGGUAAUGUGAUAAAAUCCAUUGACGCUGCGUACUUGAAAACCUUUGAUCAUGUGUCAUUACUUUUGAAGCAAAAUCCGCUCUCUUGUUCCCGCUGUGACUCAUUUGCCUUUAUACAUUGGUUAUUUACUUCAGAAUCUACGAAGAAAUACUUGUCGGAAUUGAAAUGUGAAAACGAGAAUUCAGAGCAGGUAUAUGUAAGAAAAGGCAUCGUUGACAACUUGAAAGAAAUUUGUAACAGGCAAAAUAUUAUCAUAAUUUCUUCUAUUGCUUGUUCAUUUGCCAUUAUACUGGUCCUAGUUGUCGUUCUAACAGUUAGAAGAUACCUUCGGCAGCGAAAAUAUAAACUUGAGAUGGAAGAUCGCGUUGCACUUAUUAGGCAAGGCGCAGAGCCUUACACAUUUGUUGUCUUUCUUUCCUACAGCAGUAACGACGAUGACUUCAUUAAUGAUUAUGUUCACAAUCCUUUAAAUGUGCAUCUUCAAAGUGUGAUUGGGGAAGAGAGGGAUCUAGUUUGUGAAGGUGACAGGAAUUUUCAACUUGGACGGUCUAUACCAGAACAAGUUUCUAUUCUACUGAAGAAGUCAUCUGUGGUAGUAGUUCUUUUAACAGACAAUUACAGUCUUAGUGUUCAUUGCCGAAAUGAGAUUGAUCAGGCCUUUAUGUUAGAGAAGCCCAUAGUGUUGAUGAUAAAGGAUCACGUAGAUACUGAUUUAAUGACACCGAAUAUACGGGAUUUAUACGAGACGAAAACUAGGAUUUUAUGGAUUCGUGAAAAUGAAACAUAUGCAUUGAAAACUUCCUGGGAUAAUGUGUGUACUUCUAUAGUAGAACUUGCGGGAAAUAAAUGA